GGCUGUCCUGACCACAGGGAGGACAGAUCGUAGGAAAAACCUCCCUCUUGUUAUUGGGUCCCUGGGGGACAGACACAAGAUGCUCAGGACCCCGGUGUUGGGCGGGAGCCAUACGGAGUCCUCAGGUCUCUCCAUCCUGGUCAAGCAGACGUGGGGAGCCCUCCGCAGUCACUGGCUAAGGCCAGAGCGAUCAUGCUCGCUGGGUCCCUGUGCAGAGAGAAGCAAGAAUAACGCGUUGCACUCCCUCUGGAAGGGCCCGGCCUCUGUGCAGGGGGGCGCCCGGCAGUCCCCCAUCAACAUCCGCUGGAGGGACAGCGUCUACGACCCCCGGCUGAAGCCCCUCAGGGUCUCCUAUGAUGCGGCGGCCUGCCUGUGCGCAUGGAACACUGGGUACCUCUUCCAGGUGGAAUUUGACGACUCCAGCGAGGGGUCAGGAGUGAGCGGCGGCCCCCUGGAAAAUCUCUACAGACUAAAGCAGUUCCACUUCCACUGGGGAGCAGUGAACGAGUGGGGCUCAGAGCACGCGGUGGACGGCCACGUGUACCCCGCCGAGCUGCAUCUGGUUCACUGGAACGCGGUGCGAUACCAGAACUACCAGGAAGCCAUGACAGGAGAGGACGGCCUGGCUGUGCUGGGCGUGUUUUUGCAGCUGGGGGCCCACCACCAGGCGCUGCAGGAGCUGGUGAGAGUCUUGCCCGGCAUAAAGCACAAGGACGCACGGGUGGCCGUGGGCCCCUUCCAGCCCUCCCGCCUGCUGCCCGCCUGCCGGGACUAUUGGACGUACCUGGGCUCCCUCACCACGCCUCCGCUCUCCGAGUCGGUCACCUGGAUGGUCCACAGGAAGCCCAUUGAGGUGGCUCAGGACCAGUGGUCGGGACCCAGGCGUGGCAAGUCUCCCGAUGAUGAAUGGCCGGACAAGGCGAGUGCCAGCUCUUCAGUCCAUGUUGGGCUGGAUGCCUUGCGCACACUCCUGGUCACUGCACUUGGUGAAGAAGAGAAGACAAUGGCGAACAACUACCGCCCCCUUCAACCCCUGAUGAACCGCACGGUCCGCUCGUCCUUCCAGGCCACUGAGGACGGCGCAGGAUCCUAAAUCCCGUGUCUGAGCUAAUGGGAGAACUGACUUUAGAAAGAGAAAGGCCGGUUGCCCAAACUUCACAGUCUGAUCAAAUGUAAUCUCUGAAGUUAGAAAGAGAGAAAGAGGUCUUGA